AAAGCCCGCAGCUUCUCGGGGUAGAAGUGCCCCCUUUAAGGUAGAAGCUUUAGACAAUCCAGGAAGUAGAUUAAAAACUCUUGAGAAAGUGGAGCAGUUUAGCAUGUACUCAAAUAAACAGGAAGGGCCACGCUGCAGUAGAGGAAGAUCUUUUGACUCCAUGAACAUUGGCUUUGAGGAUAAACUACUGAACAAUGAGAUAAACAAAUCGACCUUCACAAAAAUUGAGGAAAACACAGAGAAGAAGAACACAUCAGAGAAAGAAAGAGCAACGAUCAUCUUCUCCCUGAAGAAUGAAGUGGGAGGACUUGUGAAGGCACUCAAACUUUUCCAAGAAAAUCAUGUCAACCUUGUGCACAUUGAGUCCAGAAAAUCCAAAAGACGCAACUCUGAGUUUGAAAUUUUCGUGGACUGUGACAGCAACCACGAACAACUGAAUGAGAUCAUCCACCUGCUCCGGAAGCAUGUGAAUGUGGUGGACAUGGACCCUCCAGAUAAUUCCUGUCUACACGAGGAAGACAUGUAUGAUGUUCCUUGGUUCCCAAAGAAAAUCUCAGACUUGGACAAAUGUGCUAAUCGUGUACUGAUGUACGGAUCGGAGCUGGAUGCAGACCAUCCGGGUUUCAAAGACAAUGUCUACAGGAAAAGACGAAAGUAUUUUGCUGAUCUAGCAAUGGCCUACAAACAUGGAGAUCCCAUCCCUCGCAUCGAGUUCACACAGGAGGAAGUGAAGACUUGGGGUGUUGUGUACAGAGAGCUCAACAAGUUGUAUCCCACUCACGCCUGCCGGGAGUACUUGAAGAAUCUGCCUCUGCUGUCCAAAUUCUGUGAAUGUCGUGAGGACAACAUCCCUCAACUUGAAGAUGUCUCACGCUUCCUAAAAGAGCGAAGUGGAUUCACCAUCAGACCAGUGGCAGGUUACCUGUCCCCUCGUGACUUCCUUGCUGGUUUGGCCUUCCGUGUUUUCCACUGCACCCAGUACGUCCGGCACAGCACCGACCCAUUAUACACCCCAGAACCGGACACAUGCCAUGAGCUGCUAGGUCAUGUCCCACUUCUGGCAGAACCAAGUUUUGCCCAGUUCUCUCAAGAGAUUGGCCUUGCUUCAUUAGGAGCCUCGGAUGACUCGGUUCAGAAACUGGCCACUUGCUAUUUCUUCACUGUGGAGUUUGGAUUAUGCAAACAAGAAGGGAGGCUGCGAGCUUACGGAGCUGGCCUGCUGUCAUCCAUCAGCGAGCUGAAGCAUGCUCUCUCUGGUAAUGCAAGAAUAAUGCCUUUUGAUCCAAAAGUUACAUGCAAGCAGGAAUGCAUCAUUACAACAUUCCAGGAUGUCUACUUUGUGUCAGACAGUUUUGAGGAAGCCAAAGUUAAAAUGAGGGAGUUUGCCAAGACCAUCAAGCGCCCCUUCACAGUUCGAUACAACCCCUACACCCAGAGUGUGGAUGUGCUAAAAGACACCCCCAGCAUCAACAGUGUGGUGGAGGAGCUCCGACACGAGCUCGACAUCGUGGGAGAUGCUCUCAAUCGGCUCAACAAGCAGCUGGGCGUCUGACGCCCCACAGUUCAGUCAAAAUCAGGUGUUCAGGCUCAUCCUGUGGUCCUCAGCUUUGGUGUAGAGAUGUCACUUCUGUCAUUUUUUUUUUAUUAUUAUUAUUUUGCAGUAAUGAAUGUUCACAGCCAUUUGACUAAAUGUCCGGAUGUCUUCGUUAUACAGCUCAUGAUAUUAACAGCUGUGUGGUAUGCUUUGCUUUUGAUGUCAGCACACCCAACAGACCCAAAGAGCUGCUUAAUCUGAGGCUGAGGCACUACUUUUGCUUCCAUCUUGGAUUAUUCUGGAUUCUGUGUUGCAAACAACCAACAUGCUUUCACCAUCCCUCAGCCAAUACCCCUCCCUGCUGUUACAAACACUCAUUCUUCCUGUUAACUCUGUUGCUGUGUUUGAUCAUGUGGUUUUCUUUCAUUUUUGUAAUUUAAUUAUUCUCUCUUUCAUGUCAUCGAUAAAAUGUUUGUAUUCUCUUGGUGUACAUAGCCUGGUCCUUGUGCGCUGUUAAAGGAAAUUAUGAAAGCUUAAACUAGCCAGUGUUAUAAGAAUACUUUCAUGAUUGAUUAUGGCAGACUUGACCUUUUCUAUGUUUGGUUGACUCUACAGUGAUGCUUUUAUCUUUUCAUCUAGUGGAUGUAACCGUAGUGUUCAGUGUAUUAAAAUGUUAUUUUUCUACUGUAAAAUAUAUUCGUUAGAAAUAGAUUGUGCAUCAAACUAAAAAUAAUAAUAAAAAUCACUUUGUGUCUUAAAAUAACUUGUUUAAAUCUGUAGUAUAUAUGAUUCAAAUUGUUUACCAUAUAACAAAACUUGAAACAGAAAUCAGAGCAACAGCCAUCAUAUUGGUUUCAUGCCAUCCUUGAGAUCUGUAUUACUGUUCAUAACAAAUUUAUUGAUAACUCCCUAGUAGUUUGUCUCUGUGUGCUUCAGUUUACCUCCAGCAUCAUUCCCCCCAUAAUGAAAACAAGACAAUAAAGAGUUAACUUAAAAAUUCUUAAAGUGACUUGAGAAACCUGCUGACCAACAUGCAAAUUUAACAUAGAUAUUUGUAUUUUUAUGAGAAACGGAAUAACAAAAACCUUGUAAAGCAGUCUAAGUAUUGCUGAGCUAUUAACAUUUUGGCUUUUUGUAUCAUACCAAAACAAAAGCAUGUCUAUUUGGAAAAUAAUCCCAGUUAAUAAAGUCAACUGGAUUUCCUGUAAAAUUUAUGAAAAUAAGUCCAGUUGCCUCCUUUUCUACAAGGAAGAAAACAUUUUUUUUUUCUUUCUAGGAAAUAGAGGGGCGAAUAUACUACACACAAAACAGGUGCAUGUUAUUUUGCACAUGUGCAAAAAAUUUUUUUUCUCAUUAAUAUGUGGUUUGCACCCCUUAAAACCCAAACAAUCCAUUUUUACAGCAGAAAACUAGACAUUUUAUUUACUGAAGUGCUUUCAAUCACGCGUGUGAAGGCUUGUUGUGAAGGGCUUUACGACAGUGUCGCAAAUAAUACCCGUUUCCUUCACUUGGUGUUCCAUGGAAACACGGCGUGAGUUUUGUUUACAUACUUGGGUAAGUUUGUUGCCUGUAUUUUUAAACCGUAUAACUGAUGUUUUUCCUGCCAUCUGGUUAUAAUAUAUUAAACUCUGACUUCAUGCAAA